AAAAUGUUUAAUCAUUUAGAAUCAACAAAAUGUGAUUAUCUCCACCAUUUUCAAGAUGGACAUUGUGUUCAUGAUGAUUUAUUCCCUUUGACUCUUUAUAAUAGUUUAGGAUAUCUCUUAAUAAUAGUCAUAUUGGGUUUAUCAACAGUUGGAGGAUUAGGAGGUGGUAUUGAAAAGAUCCCAAUUUUAAUUGUAAUGUUGAAUUUUUCUCAAUCUAAAGCAACACUUUAUGUGUAUGUAUUGACUUUUGGAACUAAUUUAGUUAAUUUUCUUAUGCUUAUCUAUUAAAAACAUCCAUUAGCUAAUAAAUAGAUUAUUGAUUAUGAACUCUCAUUAAUAUUAUUGCCAACUGCUUUAUUUGGAAGUGCUUUUGGAAAUAUUUUGCAUUAAAUUUUACCAGAUAUCUUUUUAAUUUCAAUCUUAAUAGUUUUUUUUUCCAUUUUUGUUCCAAAACUAUAUCAUAAAGCUAAAUAAAAUAAAGAAUAAGAAACACUUAAUGAUGAUAAAUAAAAAAUAGCUCCAAAUUAAGAAGAUACUAAUUUAAUAGCUGAAUAAUAUAAAAAUGAAGAUCAAUAAAUCAUUCCUUUAUACAAAUUUUUACUUUUAUUAAUUAUUUUCAUGAUAGUAUAAUGUGUAUUAAUGAUAAGAGGAGGGAAAUAAUAAUAAUCAUUCAUAGGAAUAUAAUAUUGUUCUGAUGGUAAAUUAAUAAUUAAUACCUAGUUAGUCUAUUGGAUUACCACCGGUAUGAUAAUAGUAGUUUUAUUAUUGAUAUCUUAUGGGAUCAAGUAUCAUCUAGGUAGAGAAACAAGAACAAAGAUAGAAAUUGGAUACUUUAAUGAAAAAGUGGAUUUCAAUUUUAUUGAAUCUAAAUUCUUCAUGAUAGUUUGGAUCUCUGGGUUUUUAGGAGGAAUAAUGGGAGGAAUGACUGGAGUUGGAGCAGGAGCUAUAAUAGUUUCAAUUCUUAUUCUUUAAAAUGUAAAUUCAAGAGUGGCAUCUGCUACUGGAGGAUUUUAAAAAUUGUUUAUUUCUUUAUUUACAACAAUCCUCUCUUAUUAAUAAGGUGAUUUAAAUAAAAAUGAAAUUCUAUUUUUUUUUAUUCUUGGUUUGUUUAGUGGAUUGCUUAUAGCUGGACCAAUGUAUUAUUAUUUAGAAUUAAAUCCUAAACAAAAUUACUUAGUUAUUUAUUUAGUUUGUUUAUUUUUAAUUAUAAGUGCUAUUUCAGGAGCUAUAUAUUUAUUUAAAGAAAUAGUGAUAAUGGAUAGAUGGAAUAAAAUGAUUUAAACUCAUACAUUUUGUUGAAUUAUUAUUUUAAAUAAAAAAUAUAUAUGUAAUAAUCUAGUAUAUAUAUUCUUCAUUUUAAUGAUGUCUAUGACAUUGAAGAAUAAUUGCAUGAACCUAAAGGAGGUGCCGCUAGAUUUUUAUAUGUUAUGAAUUAACUUAAAUAAAACUUACCAAACACCUUGACCUUAUUUUCUGGAGACGUCUUUAGUCCAUCAAGUUUAACACAUAUUUAUCAUGGUAUUAUAAUAUCAUUGUAUAUAGGUUCCCAUGUUAUUUAUCCACUCUAAGAAUUUAAGAUUGAUGUGGCAUGUCUAGGCAACCAUGACUUUGAUUUUCCAUUGGAUCAUUUAGAAGAUUUACUUUAAUAAUCUAAUACUCCAUGGAUUUUGAGUAAUGUUUAUGAUAAACUUACAUAAAUGCCUUUAGCAAAUGUACUUCCAUACAAAAUAUAAUCGUUUGGCCAUUUCUAAAUUGGAUUCAUAGGAUUAGCUGAAGAAGAGUGGUUAGGUCUAAUUACAGAUAUUCCUACAGCUCAGAUUGAAUAUAGAAACUUUAUAGAUUCUGCUAAUGAACUCUGUAAAUACCUUAGAAAUGAUCUUAACUGUAAUUUUAUUGUUGCAUUAACACAUAUGAGAAUUCCUAAUGAUUAAAUUUUAAUUAAUGCCAUCGAUGAAGGUUUAAUAGAUUUAGUUUUGGGAGGUCAUGAUCAUAUAUGGCAUCACGAAUAAAUUAAACAAACAUUUUAUUGUAAAAGUGGAACUAACUUUAGAAAUUUAGGAUUAAUUAAAAUUACUCCUAUAGAAUUAGCUGAUUCAUUCAACCCAUAAACACUUAAUUUAUAAUUUGAAAUUCCCUAACCUAUUGAAUAUUAAUUUCAAAAAUAUAAUCUUAGCUAUUAUCCCAUUAAUAUCUAUAGCUAAAUUCCAAUUGACUAAACGAUGGAUGCGUAUGUUCAAUAAAAAAUUAAAGUCUAUAAUGAAAGUAUUUUAACUCGUAAAAUUUUAGAAUCUUUAAAAAUUAUUGGUUUUAUAGAAAAUGAUCUUGAUGCUAGAUUUGUGACUGUAAGAAGCUAAGAGACAACAACAGCUAAUUUAUUCGCAGAUAUAAUAAGAUUAGAAUUUUAAACUGAUAUUGGUUUUUAUUUUUGUUAUUUAUUAGCUGUCUUAAACUGUGGUACAAUAAGAGCAGAUGAAUAUUUUCAAUCUGGUCCUAUUACAUAUUAGACAUUAGAUAAACUAUUCGCUAUUCCAGAUAAUCUUGUAUCCUUCAAAAUUACAGGAGAAAAACUUUUAUAUUUACUGGAAAUUAGGUAAUAUAUUAUUAUUAUUAUUAAUAUUAAUUUAGUGUAUCUAAACUUCCUUCCUCUGAUGGUAGAUUUUUAGGAAUUUCUGGGAUGAAAUUUGAGUAUUCUAUGCUAAAAAAUCCAAUGAAUAGAAUUUCGAGUGUCACUAUUAAUAAUGAACCUUUAGAUUUAUAAAAAAUUUAUACUUGUGCUACUAAACAAUUUAUUGCUGAAGGAGGAGAUGGCUAUCCACCAUAAACAGAAUAUUUAAUUGAUAAAACUUUGGGAAUUUAAUUAAAGUCUGUUUUUGUUUCAUUUUUUGAAGGAUUAAGGAAACAAAAAAUAAUCAUUAAUAACUUGAAAGAUUUAGAAUAAACUAAAUAUAAAAGAUUUCUAUCUAUAAUUAGUGGCCUUACAGAAUAUUAAGGUGAUAUAUAUAUUACUGUGAAUCCAUAAGUUUAAGGUAGAAUCAAAGUAUUUAAUUGA